CGAGCAGAGUGGCCAUACGUUUGCGGAGACUUGUCGAGGAAUCAGCUAUAGUUCUACAGUUCUAUUCUAAUAAUAGAAACACACACACGUAGCGGCCAUGGCAAUCAGCAACUUGAAAGUUGCCGUCCUCUUCCUCACGUUGAUUGCGGUCGGAUGUGAGGCUGCCCCAGUCGAUUCCGAUGUCAAGGCGGAUGCGCCCAUCGUCCUUCCGACUCCCGUCAUCGUCGGCGAGAAUUCAGAGGUGAUCCAGUUCGACACUUUGCCCCGGGAAAUUCAACAGCAAGUCGUUGAGGCCCUUCACAAGGAACACGAACAAGUGGAGGCCCGCAACAAGGUCCAACAGCAAUUGGAAGAAUUCGAUAAAAAUAAAAUCGUCCUGCCCGCACCCGUCAUCGUUGGCGAAAACUCGGAGGUGAUCCCAUUUGAAACGCUCCCGCGUGAAAUUAAGCAACAAGUGGUCGAAGCCCUUCACGACGAAUACGAGCAAGUCCAAGCCCGGACCCAGGUGAGGCAACAAUUGGAAGAAUUCGAUAAGAACAAGAUCGUCCUUCCGGCUCCGGUCAUUGUUGGCGAAAAUUCCGAGCAGAUCCCGUUCGAAACUCUCCCGCGGGAAAUUAAGCAACAAGUGGUCGAGGCUCUGCACAACGAGUACGAGCAAGUUCAGGCUCGUACUAAAAUCAGGCAACAAAUCGAAGAAUUCGACAACCACAAAGACAAGAUCGUCCUACCCGCUCCUGUCAUCGUCGGUGAAAAUUCCGAGCAAAUUCCAUUUGAAACUCUCCCGCGUGAAAUCAAACAGCAAGUGGUUGAGGCCCUCCACAAGGAACACGAGCAGCAAGUGGAGGCUCGUAACAAGGUGAGGCAACAAAUUGAAGAAUUUGACAACAACAAGGACAAGAUUGUUCUUCCGGCCCCCGUCAUCGUAGGUGAAAAUUCCGAGCAGAUCCCGUUCGAAACGCUCCCGCGGGAAAUCAAACAACAAGUGGUGGAAGCCCUUCACAAAGAAUACGAAGAACAAGUGGAAGCCCGGACCAAAGUCAGGCAACAACUGGAAGAAUUCGACAAAAAUAAAAUCGUCCUGCCGGCCCCGGUUAUUGUUGGCGAGAAUUCCGAGAUUGUUCCGUUCGAAACGCUCCCGCGUGAAAUUAAACAGCAAGUCGUCGAGGCCCUCCACAAGGAACACGAACAGCAAGUGGAGGCCCGUACUAAGGUCAGGCAACAAUUGGAAGAAUUCGAUAAGAACAAAAUUGUUCUACCCGCACCCGUCAUCGUAGGUGAAAAUUCCGAACAGAUCCCGUUCGAAACACUCCCGCGGGAAAUUAAACAGCAAGUGGUUGAAGCCCUCCAUAACGAAUACGAGCAAGUCCAAGCUCGGACAAAGGUGAGACAACAACUGGAGGAAUUUGACAAAAAUAAAAUCGUCCUGCCCGCACCCGUCAUUAUUGGUGAAAACUCUGAGCAGAUCCCAUUCGAAGCCCUCCCGCGUGAAAUUAAACAACAAGUGGUGGAAGCUCUGCACAACGAGUACGAACAAGUCCAAGCCCGUACUAAGGUGAGACAACAAUUGGAAGAAUUCGAUAAGAACAAAAUCGUCCUUCCGGCUCCCAUUAUCGUCGGUGAAAAUUCCGAGCAGAUCCCGUUUGAAGCACUCCCGCGUGAAAUCAAACAGCAAGUGGUCAUCGCCCUUCACAAAGAAUACGAAGAACAAGUAGAGGCCCGCAACAAGUUUCAGAAAGAGCAUCCGCUAGAGGCAGCCAACGAUCCAUCCAAACAUCAGGUCCAGCUGACGGCGGAACAAAAAACGGAAUUGGAGGCGAUGCUCAUCCAAGAGCAAAAAGUCAUCCAGGCCAUCAAAGAGCACCAAGACGGGCAGCAGUCGUCAUUUCAAACCAACGGAGAAGAAAUCGUUUCGUCUGACGCUCGACUGGCCCAGGAAUUGACUCGCAUGGCCGUCGACGACGGACAGGGAAAUCAAUUUGUCGACAUGGAUAAUCUGCCGGAAGGAAUCAAGACUCAAGUCGCCGAUCUCUUGAUCAAACAGCAACAGCUGGAACAAGACAAGAAAGUCGUAGAGGAGAACAAGGAAGAAUCAAAGCAACAAUCUGAGAUACGACCGACCGAGAAUGCCGAUGACAAGCAAGCCGGAAGUCAACUGGGCGGAAUCUUGGGAACUUUGAUUGGCGGAGCUAUUGGAGGCUACCCUGCUCAAGGCGGUUAUCCUCAAAGCGGUUACCCUCAACAAGGUGGUUACCCAGGAGGUUAUCCAGGUGGCUAUCCAGGUGGCUACCCUCAACAGGGGGGCUAUCCCGGCGCUGGUUAUCCGGGCGGAGGCUAUCCAGGCGGAGGCUAUCCAGGCGGUGGCUACCCUCAACAAGGUGGAUAUCCUGGCGCCUACCCCGGAGCUGGAUACCCUCAACCAGGAGGUGGUUAUCCCGGAGGUGGUUAUCCCGGAGGUGGUUAUCCCGGAGGACAAUAUGGCAACCGUCCCAACCGGCCAUUGGGUUCCGGCCACGGCAAACAUUGGGGCUUUAACGUUCCUCAAUUGUACCAAUCGCCAUCAGCACCUCAGCAGCGUCCGUACGCGAUCCUAGUCAGUCGUGAACAACUGGCCGAGAUGAUGGCCGGUGCUGGGGGAUCGGCCAACGACGGCGAGAUCAUCUUGGCCCAGCCCAAUUUCGUCAAAAAGAUCAACCCGCAAUUCCAUCAUGAUCCUUACGCUGCUGCCCAUUACCCGCAACAAUUCUACCAGCCACCCGCCAUGAAAUACGGCCAGUAUCAAUACCAUCCGGCCGAUAUCCAGCAACGAAGACCGCCAUUCCACUUCCGACCCUACCAUCCCGAUUUUGUCAACCCGUACUUUUAUUGAAUCCCCCGCCAUUCGUCCCGCAGAACUGUUUGGUCUAAACAUUUUUGUUUUCUGGUUUUAUGAAUAACUUAUUUUGCUGCAAGGAUUUGGGGUUUGCUUUUUACUUUUGGGAGGGAUUUGCUGUUUUGUGUGUCUGGUUAAAAAAUUGAAAUCAUUUCAAGUGGAAAUACAUUUGUAAACGCAUUCA